UCUAAAGAAGUGGCUACAAAAACAUCAAUUUGAUUGUCAUUUAGAUUCACCUAAUAGCGCUUGUUCAAAGGUUGUAGUAGCGAAUAGAGUUGGGCGAAGCCGGCUCCGCGGGCAUUGCGCGCUCGGCGGUCCCCGAAAGCACACGCGCGCUUAGUUACGCAAUUGACGAGUCCUCGUCCCGUCCGCGCCUCGCGUAACUUAUCAACCACAACAUAAUUCCACGCUGCGUUACGAAAUUCAUCAAUCCUUUACGAGACCUUCAGUUAACUUCAAUGUUGUCUGAAACGGUUUUUGAUCGUGACACGGUUAAAUCAAAUAUGUGCACGCGCAUGUCCCAAUGGUGAUUUGUUUUGAUUGUUAGUAGGCAGUUUUUGGUUUGCGAAGAUGAUUAGGAUAAAAGUUUUCUUCACGUUACUCGUGGUGUUGCUCUGCAUAGCGGCGAAAUCAGGCAAUUCGGAGACAGGGCAGCGCGUGAAGCGUAUCCGGGCCGACAGCACGCCGGUGGCGCGCGACCCGGCGCAGGCGCUGGACGCGCCCGAGCCUGACGCGGCGGCGCCCGCGCCCGUCGCCUUCCUCAGCCCUUCCGUCAAGGAGUAUCUGGAGCUCGGCAUGGCGAUACCCGGUAAACCCGGCACGGACUACCCUGUGCUGGGCGCGGUGCCGUACACCAACUUCUACUGCGACGACCAGCCGUACCCCGGCUUCUUCGCGGACAUGGAGACGCGCUGCCAAGCCUGGCACUACUGCGACAUCGACGGGCGGCAGGCGUCGUUCCUGUGCCCCAACGGCACGGUGUUCUCGCAGGGCGUGGCGUCCUGCGACUGGUGGUUCAACGUGCGCUGCGCGCUCUCGCCCGCGCUCUACCCGCUCAACGCGCGCCUCUACCGGCGGAAGUCGCGGAAGCAGGCCAGGCCCGAACCGCACCGAGUCAUUGACAAGCAGUUGCUUGAUGAGAUCUUUCUGUAGACAAGUAUACUUUAAUUAAAGGGAUAAGACGCCUGCGCUUUUAUCGUAUACUUACUUCUUAGAAUGAUAAACCCGUAACAGACUACCGCACCGCACCGCUACCUUGGUGCGGUGCGGCGCACGUAUCGAUAGUGUGUUAGGUGAAAUCCGUACGUGCGUUAAAGAUGCAGUUAUAAGUUAGAGCGAGAAAGAGAUUUGACCGCACGCGGUGCGGUGCGGUAGUCUGUUACGGCUUUAAGGGCCACGAUGACAGCCGAUAAAAACGCGACGAUCUUGUCCAGCUAGUGAGUGAUUCAUUAUUGGAAGCAUACAAUUAAAAGGGUAACUGGAAAUAGUCUAAAGAGGGAGUAAUCCGCCGAAUCGCGCGCUCCCGAGCUGCCAUCGCAUUGUUAGUAUUUUUACACUACUGUGCCUGUACAAUGUCUAUCUACCGCUUUGAGCAUUAAAGGUUGAAUGUACCUUAUUCAUCUUUUAUAUUUUCGACGUGCUUAAUGAAAUAUACUUUCAACACAAUUAAUAAAACCAGGUUUUUUCCAUAAUUUAUUUUAAAAAGUCCGAAAUUAUACUUUAGCAACUUUAUGACUCUUGUUCAGUAGGUAGAUGUUAUGAGAUGGAUGUGCCAGUGUUUAAAAACUGAUGUUAAAUACUUAUUUUGCAAGAAUUGUGGUUGUCAUUUCAUUAUUGGUGCCACGUCCAUUAAAAAGGUUGUCUACCUUAAUAUUAGGUGAAAAAACAAACAUUCUAAAUUCGUAGAAUAGAGGUAGAGGUGAGGUCAUCCUACCCUUCGAGUUUGAAAAAUAUUAUAAAUUAAUCUGAUAAUAUAUUUGAAAUAUUAUUAGUAGUAAAUAUAUGUGUCUGGUAUGGUUCGUCGACACCUAACUUUAAAAUAAUUAUUACUAAAAUAACAGUCAAAUAAUGCGUCGAAAAAUUAAAAAAAGCGGCCAAGCGCGACCCAUGUCGGAGCCGGACCUUAUUUUACAAAUGGGUCGGUAAAGUUGGUCAAGCAGAUCUUGUCAGUAGAAAAAGGCGGCAAAUUUGAAAAA